AUGAGAAUAACCGCACAAGACGCGGGCGGUAUCGCCGACGAGGACGACCAAGUUCUAGAAGCAGGCUUUUCACAAGGGCCUGGUGAUUCGAACUUAUCAAUGAUAUUCCAGCGAGACCUUUUCGAGGAAGAACCGUGGAAGGGCGACCCUCAAUCAACCGAUUACUUCUCCGAUAGCUACUGCAUAACUCUCGGAACCGGCGAAACGGUAUAUGGAGGACUAGAGCAAGUCUCCUUCUCGGGAACUCAGGGAACGUUCGACUUCUCCGGUCGUGCAGCCAAAAUCCUCGGUAUAGGCCGACAACUCGUCGUUGAUUUCAAGGUUUCUGAGCAGGACCUGCGGCUCUUUCAAGAAUUCUUGAGAAAGGUAGUCACUUGGGGUGUUCCUAGUCAAGUCCCUCAACUGCACGGCUUUACUUCAUCUACUUGUGAACGGCAACAAUGCCAAGGUUUUUUUAUCUGA